UCCUGGGAUUUGCUGCUGAGCAAGCAUGCAUUGGACUAUGAUGUUAAUUAACUUCUUCUCUUUUUUGCAGUAAUGCUAUGGCAGGGCGGUGAAAGCUUCAUUUCCUGGUUGUCUGCACCGGGGGAUUCUAGCCAGCUUUCGUGAGUUCCAAGAUAAGCUGCAAGCUCAUCCCUUAAACGAGAACGUCACAGUGCAUUAAGGACAACAAGGUGUUCCUUCAUUUAAAGUUGUGGAUUAAGUAAGAAGGAAGGAUUGGAAACAUCAGGAAGCAGAUAUGCCAGACACUUAAGGCUGCAUUGCUAAAGUUAGCUGAUUUGCUGUGACCACUUCUGGUUGAAUUGCCAAAUACACCAAAAACAACAUGCUCUAGAAGACUGAAUGACAAGAUUCUAGCUUCUUCUGACCCUUGAAUUCAUCCUGGAAAAUGGUGUUCCAGAAGUCACCAGAUGGUGGAUGGGGCUGGAUGAUUGUACUGGUGUCCUUCUUUACCCAGUUCUUGUGCUAUGGCUCUCCAUUAGCUGUUGGUGUUCUAUAUCUAGAAUGGCUGGAUAUUUUUGGAGAAGGAAAAGGAAAGACUGCAUGGGUUGGCUCCCUUGCAAGUGGAGUUGGACUACUUGCAAGUCCUAUUUGCAGUACAUGUGUAUCUGCUUUUGGAGCAAGACCUGUAACAAUCUUCAGUGGCUUUAUGGUUGCUGGGGGUUUGAUGAUGAGCAGCAUUGCACCCAAUAUCUACUUCCUGUUUUUUUCCUAUGGAAUUGUUGUUGGACUCGGGUGUGGCUUAUUGUACACAGCAACAGUAACCAUCACAUGUCAGUAUUUUGAAAAACGCAGAGGCCUUGCACUCGGUCUAAUUUCAACAGGAUCAAGCGUUGGGGUUUUUAUAUAUGCAGCAUUACAGAGGGAGCUAAUUGAACUGUAUGGAUUAGAGGGGUGUCUGCUGAUUGUUGGUGCACUGUCUCUAAAUAUAUUAGCGUGUGGGAGUCUGAUGAGACCUUUGCAGUCGUGUGGUUCUGCCUUGCCAGAGAAGCCAGUCCCCGAGAAGGUUCCAGAUCAAUACCUCAUUUAUAAUGAAAGAGAAAAGAACGGUUAUGAAGACAAUGUACUUGAAAAAGCCAGCAAUGAAGGAAAAGGUGUGAACCAAACAUCCUGUGGUGACUGCAAGCAGGAAUCGGCAAUAAGUAAGAACAAUCUAUUAACGAUAACACCACACGAGAGAGAGACUUACAGACGGAAAGUUGUAGAACGGACCUAUUUCUGUAAACAGCUUGCCAAGAAGAAAUGGCAGUUAUAUUUAGACUACUGGGGGGAAACGCUGGGACUUUUUAAAAACAAAGUAUUUUCGUCACUUUUUAUUGCCAUCUUCUUCUUCGACAUUGGCGGCUUUCCUCCUUCAUUGCUCAUGGAAGACAUUGCAAGAAGUUCCAAUAUCGGUGAAGAUGACUGUGUCAUUCCUCUCAUUUCUGUCAUAGGCAUCAUGACUGCCAUUGGGAAACUAGUUCUAGGAAUACUGGCAGAUUUUGAAUGGAUUAAUACCUUAUAUCUAUAUGUCCUGACUUUGAUAUUGACUUCGGUGGCACUAGUUUUGAUUCCGUUUGCCCAAAAUUACAUCACACUGGCAAUACUUUCAGGGGUUUUAGGUUUUCUGACAGGCAAUUGGUCCAUUUUCCCAUAUGUUACAACAAAGACUGUAGGAAUCGAAAAAUUAACACAUGCAUAUGGCAUACUGAUGUUCUUUGCUGGACUUGGAAACAGUCUUGGACCACCAAUUGUAGGUUGGUUUUAUGACUGGACAAAGUCUUACGACGUAGCAUUCUACUUCAGCGGACUUUGUGUUCUGUUUGGAGGGCUGCUUCUGUUGGUGGCAGCGCUGCCAUGUUGGAACACCGUGAACGGUAGCAAUCAAGCUGAAAAGCCACUUCCAAAUAUUUACUCCUACAAAGUUGCUUCCAGUGUGUAGGUGAAAAGUGCGGAACAGUUGCUCCUCUUUUUAUACUGCACAGCAAGAUAUUUUUAGUAAUUUCCUCACUUAUUUAUGAGGCUAAAAAACACACA